AUGAAGCACUACAACGAAAUGCCGUAUCAGAGGCAACGACCUUACAGUCACUCUGUCCUACGCACUGCCAGUUCAGCAGCUAGAGUCGGGCCUCAAAUACAAACUUCUUCCCCCCACUGGAAUCAUUAUCUUUCAUAUACUGCAGAACCUGCUCCAUUAUCUGUUCAUCAAGAUCAGAGGUUGGUUUUACCUUCUUACUCCACGCAGGCGUUAAGGACAUUUGCUCCUCCACAAAUGGGAUUCUCUCCUGAUGCAGCCAUUGUUUCGAUCCGCGACUUACAGCCGCAAAAAGCCUUUGUGCGUGUGUCAGGAAGGAUAAUCAGAAUAUCAGACGCAAAAGUCUUUGCAGAUAAAAGGGAUAAUAACAAGCUUCGAUGGCUGCAAACGUUUGCAAUCAAGGAUGAGUAUGAUACUGUUGAAGUGAAAUUCUGGCAUAAAACAGAAGAACAUCUUGAACGAAAUAGCAAUAUCAUGCUCGAUCAAGUAGUCCAUAUCUUCACAGAUGAUGUCAAGCUCAACGGUAGCCUGUCGUACUGUGAACAAAAUAAUGGCAAAGUGACAUAUUCAUCGUCUCCACUUUGUCUAAAUUUGACAGAAGGGAAAGUAGGCCACAGGAUUGUUUUGGGGAAUGAAGCAGAAAUGGCCACUUUAUUCAAGAACGCGUUGAAUGCCAAUGUGGGUGGUGUCGUCCCUUCCGUCUCGAUCAAACAAGCUGUGGCGCUAUCAGAUCUGGGCAAAAACGAGCCAUUCCACAUGAUAGUUGGCCUCAAGAAGUUGACAAAAACCCAAAUGAUAGUGUUUGACGUGCAAGGCCAGGAAGCAACACUGACGUUGUGGGGAGAGGCGAUGUUUGCGGCUGCGCAGCAAUGGACCCCUUUCAUUACAAGUCUUAUCCUUACUGGUCCACAAGUGGGUAUAUACGCUUCUAAACCACAAAUAACUGUAGGGUAUCAAACCUAUAUUCAAGUAGAUCCCCGGUGCAAAAAUAUCGAGUGGCUGAAACACUCGGCGUCCCAAUACUCAAAUGGGAUGCAUCCAAGUCUUGUUAACGUACUGGACCCAACUAGCAUAACACUCGACCGGAUUACUUCGAUCUAUCACAUCAAAGAUAUCAUUCAGCUUGUUAAUGGUACAGGGGCCAUAGAGCAGUGUCCAUCAUGCAAACUGUUACCCAAGAACGACGACUCUUGGAGUUACUCCUUAAUGCGACACAUUUCCUUGAUGGAUGAUACUGCUGAGCUUCGACAUCCCAGCAUUUCCUCUGAAGCUGUCCAAGCUUUACUUGGGUAUAAGGUUUCAUGGUCAGAUUUCCAGAGAAAACCCGUUGUGCAUGUGCUUUCAAUGGACCUUGCUCACUUGCCGGAACUACAAGGGAGACCGAUUUUUGAAUCAGAGACAUAA